GGAGCGGGCUGCGCCGCUCGUGUUCUCGCAGCCCGCUAGUCGACGAUCCCGCGUGCAGUGCAAAUGAUUUUGUUUUUAUGGCGCUCAUAUUACUACAAGUGUUGGUGCUGGGUGUGACCGCGGCGGCAGUUGACGAUGUGCCGGUGAGAUGGGUGGGCCCGGCGCGGCAGUGGCUGGCGUGCGAGGCGGCCGGCCCGCGCCGCGCGCCUCCGCCGCCGCUGAUCGACGAUGACCGCCACAAGCACAAGCCAUACUUCUGGCGGAGAGACGGAGAGAAACUCGAUUAUAAAAGGGUGUCAACAAAUGGCAGCCUGGAGGUGUUCCACAAGAGAGAUGUGGAGGGUGUGUACCAGUGCGGGGUGCAUCACCACCGCGGUAUCGUGCUCGGCAAACCCGUGCAUCUUAAAUUUGCAUACAUGGAUAAGCAAUUCUCACGACACCCGGAGAACAUGACAGUACCCUUGAGGCAGCCGGCGGCUCUAUCGUGCGGCAUCAACUCCGGCCCCCCGCCCCUUAUCUCCUGGCUGAGGGACGGCGAGGAUCUGCCACGGGAUCCCAGAUAUCACAUAUUGGAGACGCAGUUGUUAAUCAUGGACGUGACGCCAGAGGACGCUGGCACAUACAAAUGUAUAGCAACAAACCAGUUGGCGAAUAGAAGUCGCGUGAGCUACAGCGGUAGUCUUCAGGUCGUGGCUUCAGACGACAGGGAGCCCGGCCUGUUGGAAGUGCACCACGCCGCGCAGUUCGUGACGCCCAGGGGAACAGACGUGGAGCUGCUGUGCCCCGUUCUUGGAUGGCCCAGACCAAAGCUGACGUGGCGACAGACGCCUCCGGGGGAGAGACCUCGCGAACUGGAAUCGACGACCGAGGUGCUGGUACUGCGUAACCUGCAGGCGGACCAGGAGGGCUUCUACACCUGCGAGGUGGAUGGACUGCCUCAACUCAUCAAGAGUUUCAACGUUAGUAUCUUCGAGCCAGUGACCGUGUCUCUGGUGCCGGCGUCUAAGGAGGUGCUGCGCGCGAGCACCGUACGCUUCAACUGCUCUGUGACCGGCAAACCUGAGCCUCGCAUCUCCUGGUACAAGGACGGACAGCCCCUAACCCUCGCCGGCAGGAUAAAUCUGCGAUCGUCCGCCGACGUGAACCGCAUGCAGCUCGUGAUCAGCGGAGUGACGUCAGACGACGCAGGCGUGUACCAGUGCGUGGCGCAGUGCGGCGGGGCGGGGCGGUGGGCGUGGUCCUCUGCGUGGGCGGCGCUGAACGUGACGGGGGCGUGGGCGGCGGCGCCGGGCGCACUGCGCUGCCUGCCCGCCGGCCCGCGCCGUGUGGCGCUGCGCUGGCUGCCCGCCGCUGAGAAAGUCGUCGCCUACACCGUCGAUACCACACCCAGAGACGGGCCGGGAAUCUCGAUAACGGGGCAGCCGCAGACAGGCACUGAGCAAGUCAUCACCCUAAAGGAACCGCUCACUCCUUACUUCUUCCAGGUCCGAGCGUACAUCCCCUCGUCGAACAAGAAGAAUGUAGCGAGCGACAUGUCGGAGAGUGUCGUCUGUCAGGGACAGGGAGUGCCGGUGCGUGUGUCUCGGUCGGAGGGCGUGUCGGGGGGCGUGUCGGUGUCGUGGCGUCAGUUCGCACGCGAGCAGCCGGGCGUGGUGCAGUGGGUGUUGCAGCACAAGCCGGACAACGCCACAUUGGAGCACAACAUCACGCUGCCCGGACAUGUCACUAACUAUACUCUGCUAGCAGACGCUAGUACGGCGUGGGUGCGCGUGCUGGGCAGCCGCAACCUGACCUGGCUGCCUCAGGACCUCUGCUUGCUACCCUGGACCUCCACGGCCAGCGCGGACCUCUCUCCCUACAGUGAGGCGGGUCCGGUGCCGGAGCGCGUGCGCGUGUCGGGAGUGGGGGGGCGCGGGUUCGCGGUGCAGUGGCAGUGCGCGCGCUGCGAGGGCGUCCCCGACAUCGCCUUCCGCGUCUGCUUCCGCAACACCGACGGCGACGGCGAAGACGACUGUCAGGAGAGCUACAAGAGCAGCGCGACUGUGGAGGGUCUGGAGCCGGGCAGCGAGUACGAGGUGCGCGUGCAGGCGGUGUCAGUGGGGGGCAGGCCGCGCGGCGCCUUCAGCGACCCAGUGCGCGUCACCACACAGCCUGAAGGUCCGGGGCUUGUGGGCGAGCUGUCGUACGCGUUCGUGAACGCGACGUCGGUGCGCGUGCGCUGGCGGGGUGCGGCGGCGCGCUACACUGUGCGGUACUGCUCGCGUCUGCGCCUGCCUGUAGAGCAGUGGGACGCUCUCACCACUCUCAACAACACCGCGCUUAUAACCGGCUUGGAACCUACGGAGCAGAUGUACGUGAUGGUGACGGGACAUGAGCCGCAGGGUCACAGCCGCAUACUAACCAUUCCCGCGCAGUUCAAGGAUCUAGAAGCAAAGGAGUUGAAGUACGUGUACACGCGUAACGGCGUGCGCGUGUGGUGGGAGGAGGGGGGUGGUGGGAGCGGCGCGCGCGUCGUGCGCGUCGUGCGUUACGCGCAGAACAUCACGCGCCCCGUGGAGCACUGGCACGCGCGUAACGUCUCCGACAUGCACGUUGAGCUGGAGGAUCUGGACCCGUCGUUGCCCGUGUACGUGAUGGUGACGCUGCCCGGACCAGACAAGCCAAACCAGGUGCUGACCAUCCCGCCGAGACCCCACGACAACUACAACCUCUACCUUAGCGUGGGAGUGGGCGUGGGCGUGUGCGUGUUGUGCGCCGCGUUCGUGGCCGCCGCCUGCAUCUGGAAGAAAUACAAGAACCGCUCCAGACUGAGAUCACGCAGAAAUCAACACGCUUUAGAAGAGAUGGAUGAAGGAAGCUCCGAAAUGAAGAUGGGAGCGGGCGGCAGCGGAGUGGGCGGGAGGCUGGCCAAUGGCGGUGCGUGCGGCGAGCCCUUGCUCAAUGGUCAUCUGCGUCCACAUCAACAUAGUAAAACUCCGAACGGCAAAGUGAAGAAAGCACACCUGUACGAGGUGUUCGACGUGUCCCGCGAGGAGGGCGACGUGACGGUGGAGACAGUGCUGGAGGACGGGCCCGCCUACAGCCUGCUGGACACCUCGCGCCGCCCCGAGCACGAGACACGCCCCCCGACACGAGAGCCCCGCCCCCACAAGCUGCCCGACGACAACAUGAACUCCGAGCUGAACAGGACCGCCGACAGCCACCUCGACACCGCCGGCCUGCAGCCCACGCUGCAGCCCAACGGUUGAGACGCCCCCCGCCGCGGACCUCUAGAAUUACAAGGGGGUGGGCGACCCCCCGGACCCGACGCGCGCCCCCCGUCGCCGGGGGCGGUGUCGUUGUAUAUUUAGUACCGGAUAGAUUGAGAUUUUGUACAGACCUCCUCUCGGUCUCGGUUUGCGCGAGGACAACUUGGCGUGUUUUGUUCCUAAACUAGACUUUAUUUUCAACUUGUCAAGGCUGAUUUUUGCUAACAAUAGUACGGGUUUUAUACGUAAUCGUAACUUGUAGUUCCGUCGGCUCGGAUAAUAGAAACACAAUCGUGGGCACGUGAAGUUAUUCUCGCCGGGACUCGGCCCGCGAGUUGAAGCACCCUCGUUGUAUUGUACAUAGACAAGUAGUGUGGCUGCGCAAGUGGCGCCACUCGCACGAGGGAAUGCGGCGAGACAAUAAACUAGUAAUGGCGCGAAACACUUAACCUCAAAAUAUUCCGAACGAAGGCAGAUUUCGGAUCGUCUCGAGUUUGUAUAUACUACAUCGUAUCGCAGUGCCUCAGAAAAGUACAUAUUAGGUGAUCCUCGUUUAAACAAAAAAAAAAAAAACUACAAAAUAGAUUUCACCGUUAGUGCAACUUAAGCGUACAAAAUAUAGACCAAAAUGUAACCCAAACAGUUUAACACAAACUCACUUG